CCGGCACAGCAGCACCACAGCAGAGGACGUCAGGAUCGCAUCCAUCUACAACUCCACGGAACGCGCAAUGCUCUGCGAGCUGAACGUGAGCCGAGCGGUCCUCUCCGAUUCCGUGCGUCUCGGCGAGGAGGUAUCCACACGCUCAGGCACACGGGCGGGCUAACGGAACUCCUCGGUGAAGUAAGAAGGUCAUUUAAAGUGGAGAGACGGGCGCUCGCGUCGAGCUCAAGCAUGGUCCGCGGCGAAGGAAGCAUCACCCAGAGCCCGCUGUAUCUGUAACUUGGGGGUUUUACUCGUAAAGGCGCUUUCAGUUGGAGAUCGCGGGAUUUUCUCUGCGUAAACAUGCCUGUGCGAAGAGGUCACGUUGCGCCACAAAACACAUUCCUUGGAUUAAUUAUUCGGAAAUUCGAGGGUCAGAAUCGGAAAUUUCUGAUAGCCAAUGCCAGGGUGGAGAACUGUGCAAUCAUAUACUGCAACGAUGGCUUCUGCGAGAUGACGGGCUUCUCCAGAUCGGACAUCAUGCAGAAGCCGUGCACCUGUGACUUCCUGCACGGUGACCUGACCGAAAAAGAGGCCAUCAGCCUGGUGUCCCAGGCUGUGCUGGGGUCCGAGGAGCGCAAGGUGGAGAUCACCUACUACCGCAAGGAUGGUACUGACUUUCAGUGUAACACUCAUAUAAUCCCAGUGAAGAAUGAGGAGGGCCUGGUGAUGAUGUUCAUCCUAAACUUUGACUACGUUCUGGACGAUGGAAGUGACAGCUCCACGGAGAAGAUAAGCCCCGCCUCCCCAACGAAGUCAGACCAAAGGACGAGCAGAUUCUUCCGCUUCCGCCAGGCCGCUUUGAGCCUAAUGAACACUAACAAGCAGUCUCUUCCGCAAGAGGACCCAGACGCCGUGUUGGUGGACUCACCCAAAGAGAACGAGGACUCGGUGGCCCUGCAGAACCUCCCCUCACCCACCAAGAGCAUUUGCAGUCCCAUCGAGGCGAACGACACGCACGCCCUCAUAAGCUCGAGCCGCCAUUCCUCCCAGGCAAGCGUCGGUCCGGAGCCACUUGACCAUUCAUCCCCUAAACUCCUCUGGGAGAAGCUGUACCAGAUGGAGGCGCACCAGUCCUCCACCUCCCUGUCGAACACCUUCCCCAGAGGCAGCAUCAGCAGCAUGAGGCGAGCCUCGUCUGUCCAUGAAAUUGAGGCCUAUAGCUCCAAUUCCAAAGGCGUUUUCAGGGAUCGACAUAUGAAUGAAGGCUCUUUUAAUCACGUGAAGUCCAGCCGGCUUGGCUCUACUUCUGAUUCGAACAUCAACAAGUACAGCACCAUCCACAAGAUCCCCCUGAUUGCACUCAACUUCUCUGAGGGGGCCGACAAAAAGACUCACUCUCCGCCAACAUCCGAGAAAACCAUCAUAGCACCAAAGGUCAAAGACAGAACUCACAACGUCACGGAAAAAGUCACACAGGUCCUGUCGCUCGGAGCCGACGUCCUGCCGGAGUACAAACUCCAGACAACCCGCAUUGACAAGUUCACCAUCCUCCACUACAGCCCCUUCAAAGCCGUGUGGGACUGGCUCAUCCUGCUGCUGGUCAUUUACACAGCAAUCCUCACUCCCUACUCUGCAGCUUUCCUCCUCAACGACCAGGAGGAGCAGAAGAGGCGUCAAUGCGGUUACUCCUGCAGCCCCCUCAACGUGGUGGACUUAAUGGUGGACAUAAUGUUCAUCAUUGACAUCCUCAUCAACUUCAGGACCACUUACGUAAACGUGAACGAGGAGGUGGUCAGCCAUCCAGCUAAGAUAGCGAUCCAUUACUUUAAAGGCUGGUUCCUUAUAGACAUGGUGGCUGCAAUCCCCUUUGACCUUCUUAUCUUUGGCUCAGGAUCGGAUGAGACCACCACUCUGAUUGGCCUGUUGAAGACAGCCAGGCUCCUGCGAUUGGUGCGUGUAGCCAGGAAGCUGGACCGCUACUCUGAGUACGGAGCUGCAGUCCUCAUGCUGCUCAUGUGCAUCUUUGCGCUCAUCGCCCACUGGCUGGCCUGUAUAUGGUACGCCAUUGGCAACGUGGAGAAGCCCUACUUAGAGCACAAGAUUGGCUGGCUGGACAAUCUGGGCGUGUCCAUAGGAAAGAGAUACAACUACAGCGACCCAAGCUCUGGUCCGUCCAUCAAGGACAAGUAUGUCACAGCACUUUACUUCACCUUUAGCAGUCUGACCAGUGUGGGCUUUGGAAAUGUUUCCCCGAACACCAACUCGGAGAAGAUAUUUUCCAUCUGCGUUAUGCUGAUUGGCUCUCUAAUGUACGCCAGCAUCUUCGGAAACGUCUCCGCCAUCAUCCAGAGGCUGUACUCAGGUACGGCUCGUUAUCAUGCUCAGAUGUUGAGGGUCAAGGAGUUCAUCCGCUUUCACCAGAUUCCCAACCCGCUGAGACAAAGGCUGGAGGAGUACUUCCAACACUCAUGGACCUACACCAACGGCAUUGAUAUGAACACGGUGUUAAAAGGUUUUCCUGAGUGCCUGCAGGCAGAUAUCUGCCUUCACCUCAACGACAGUCUUCUUCAGGACUGCAAAGCGUUCGAGGGAGCCACCAAAGGCUGCUUGAGGGCCCUCGCCAUGCGCUUCAAAACCACUCACGCCCCUCCUGGAGACACGCUGGUUCACAGUGGCGAUGUGCUCACCGCGCUCUACUUCAUGUCCCGCGGCUCCAUCGAGAUCCUGAAAGACGACAUCGUGGUUGCCAUCCUGGGGAAAAAUGACAUCUUUGGAGAAAUGAUCCAUCUGUUGGCCAAACCUGGGAAGUCCAGCGCCGACGUGCGAGCUCUAAGCUACUGUGACCUGAGCACCAUUCAGAGAGACGAUCUGCUGGAGGUGUUGGACAUGUACCCGGAGUUCGCCGACUGCUUCUUCCACAACCUGGAGCUGACCUUUAACCUCAGAGACGAGUCUGUCCAGGCUUCAGGUUCCCAAGACUGUGAGUCAGAUGGCGAGGGCACUAAAAGCAUUAAGAGAAGAAUCUCCUUCACACCAGAUCUCUCCACAGGGGGAAACAAGGAAGUGGUUAAGGACGUGGGAGGAGAGAGGGAGUCGAACUCGUGCCUAAAGAGUUGCUCUGGAGUCCUGGGUCCCUCCUCACCCAAUCCCCCAGUCCUGGACACAGAGCUGAUUGUCAGAGACAGCCUGGAGAGAAAUGCAUCCUUUGAAAAUCUCCGCUGUGAUAAAUGGGCCUGUAAGAAGCCUGCAGACUACCUGGAUGAGUCAGCACAGUUCCAGGACCUGAGAGAGGACGAUAAUUCUGCCAGCGAAAUCACCUACGGAGAGGUGGAACAGCGCUUAGGUCAGCUGCAGGAGCACUUAAACAGGCUGGAGUCCCAGCUGAUGUCAGACAUCCAGACCAUCCUGCAGCUGCUGCAGAGACAGCCGACUCUUGGACCUCCAGCCUACAGCACUGUGACAGCCAGCCCAGACUAUCACAGACCUGCUGUGAAGGUUCAGCCAGUUGCUCUGCCCGCAAACCAUUUCUUCAGCCAUACAGCAACUCAAGGCCCCAACCACCAACUGGAAAACGUCAUUCAGGAAUCCAAAGACUCUCUGUCGAGCUUGGCCAACACGAAUGCACCCAUGGAGGACAGCCUUACAGCACUGCUUGUACAAACACAGACAGAGCCACUACAACAACAACAACAACAACAACAACAACAACAACAACAACAACAGAUCACAGGGCAUCAACAGUCCGCACUGAUCCUUCUUCAAACCGAAACGUCCUCCUCCUCUUCCUCCCCACCUCUUCCCGACUCCAACCUCAACACGGCUGGACUCCAUAGACAUGUCUCAGACCAAGAGUUACCAGGACAAUGAACCUCUCAGCAGCACAGUGUUCUAAUAUCUGGGUUGUAAUGCUGUAAUUACUAAGUAGCAUAACUUUUUAUCAGCAUGCUGGCACUGACAUCUGUAUUGUUUAUUUGCAAUGCCUAAUAGAAAUAAGAAGUUGUUGUUUUUUUCAAGAUGCAUGUGGUUAAAACACUGUUCUCUGCAGUUAACAGUGUAAUAACAAGGUGUUGUCUGCAGUCAGCAGUGUGAUGACAAUGGUUACAUAUUGUAAAAGUAGUUAUAUCCACACAGGAGUCCUUUGAUUGAAUCUGUAGGUGUCAUUACGCACUCAUGUUUUCUCACAGAAAAUGUAGAUGCCCAACCAAUCAGGACGGACCUCUUCAACCCAACCCCCAUAUAAGGAUAGAAAUUCCUUAGUAAAAAGUUUAUGGCUUCUGGAUAAAAUCUAGAGUGGUGCUGGUUGAAGGGCUCCACCUGGUUGUGAUAGAGCGCUACGACACCAAACCAGCUAAACAGUCUUUAUACACUAAAGAGCUCUGUUGGGCUUUGAAGUCCUUCCUGUGGCUCUGCUGCAACAAAUCCCAGAAUCCAACUGGUCACACCCGGACGCAGUAGUAGGGAUGUAACAAAGUACAUUUAAUCAGUUGCUGUACUUGACUACAUUGUUCAUGUAUGUGCACUUUACUUAAGGAGAUUUAUGUCUGGUACUUUUCACUUUAAAUCCACAACACAUUUAAUACUUCAAGUAUAUUUAAAACCAAGUACUUUUACUCAAGAACAACUUUUAAUGUGGUACUUUUACUUUCACUUGUGUAUAUCUUGUCUAUUUAUUUGUACUUUUAUUGAGUAAAAUGUCUAAGUGCUGCCUCCAUCACUGCUGGGGUGUGUGACCAGGAUGAAGGUCUUAUGACCGGGUCAUCACGGAAUCUGGUCUUAGGUGCAAGGCACUGUCAGACACAGGCUCCAAUGCAUAAGUCCAUCAAUGCCCUUGACCAUCACCGAGAUGUUUUCCUCACUCCAUCUUUUCUUGCUAAGUAAGAGGCACUGACUGACCUACCUCACACUAGGCUGGUCCCACGAUCCAGCACACUCCAGGAUACAGGCAUUAGUCCAUCACAUAAUGUGGAUGUCCUCCUGGUGUCAGCUGCAGAGCCAGAAAAUGUACCUGUGGGUUCUGGGCAUGCUUGACGAGGGUCCAGGAAGAGACCAGAAACGUGGAAUUAUGGCAAGAUCCAGUACUGUCAUAGCAGAUUCGAGUCCAAAGCCUGUGAGCGACACAGACUCCAUCUCUUAGAGGGCCUGAGCUUGCAUAUUAACAUACCAUACAAACUACUUUCUGCAGCUAUUAGUGUAAUACAGCAUUAUAACAAAGGUGCAAGACCACGUUUUCGUAUCCUUAGCUGUAAGCCUGGCUUCUCUGAAGUGUGACUCAGGGGUUAUGGUCAAUUGCACUGCAAUAUACAGUUCAGUAUCAAGUAUACUGUAGUUUUCUUCUUGACAAUGUGCAUUAUUUCUGCGGUCACUGAUGUGCACCCACUGUAUUACAUUAAGCCAACGGAACACACCAUACAUGCUUGUCCGGGCAGACGUAACAACAUGCAGAUUUGAGCGUAUUUUCUGCUGUUACCCCAGAGCUAUAGGCCUCUGACAAACACGUAUGAUGCAAGCGUUUCUACAAGGCAGCGCAUGUGUUUUUUAUCUAUAUAUUUACUGUUUUUUGCACUGCUUUUGAGCCCAAAGUAGCACAUUAAAAUAUAAAAUGAUGUCAGCGCACUCUUUUAGGAUGCACUUAGAGGGCGUGUCGGGAUGGGAGGGGGGAACACAUGGGAAGUUAGUACUUGCGCAUAAACAGGCCCCAGAGGCAGGGUUUCGUGCCUAUACAAUCGAUUCAAAUGCUAAGUCAGCAUUUUCAUGUAUACAGUAACUAACCAUACAACAACAAGUCAUAUUAUUUCCCUUAACUGUUUUUGUUGGCAAUGUACAUAACAGAUAACAUGUUGUUAGACAGUCGUAAUAAUACAUCAUAUUGCCAGAUGUAAAAAAAUUAUGUAUUUUUUUUAACUGAGUAAAAUAUAUGAGAAACUCUUUAGCAAAGCAGUUGUACUUAUGUUUGUUUUGAAGCUGUGGGAGCAAUAAAUUAAAACACGCUCA